UUUAGUAAACUAGUGAAGUAGUGACUACUGACYAGCGUGUGUGACUGGUGUCUAUCGAGUGACGAGUUUAUUCUGCAUUCAAAGCUAUAUAAAGAUGAUUACGCCAAAAAAUACGGGUGAACUACUGGAAAUUCAGACUAAGGUAACAUGGUAUGUAGUAUGGUUCCCAGAUUUAAAGGAAUAUAGUGUUGUUCCAACAAAUUGGAUUGUAGAAAAUAAUGAUUCUCAAAGUAAUGCACUAUUUUGCAAAUGGCCCCCUUAUAAGGUUACCAGUGACCAUUUAAGAAAAGCUAUAAGUCCAUCUCAGUCAUGGGAAACUUAUAGGGUGAAGUUAGUUGGUGCCAAUAAAACGUAUGACAACUUCAACAAGGCAUGGCAUAAAAAAAUAAAAGAAAAAUAUUCUUCUACAGACACAAAUGAUUCUCCAAACUAUAAAAAAAAAAGAUUUCUUAUGUGUCCUUCAGAUGAAAGUGAUGAUGAUGAUGGUGAUAAUGGUUUAAAUUUUAACAUAAUGCCAUAUAAAGAAGAAGUAAGUGCUCCAUCAAUUUCUCUAGAACCAAUUAAUUAUGGUGCUUCUUCAUCAUCUAUAASUAACCAGCUCUCUGCAGAAAUUAAUAUAAACCAAGAAAAAACUGUGCACUACACUGAAAUGCUGCCAAAGAUAGUUGAACUAGAAUAUCCUCAAAAUCAUACAUUCGUCAAGGAUACAAAUUGUUCAAUUCCUAUAUCUCAUCAUUCAYCUUUAUAUUGCAAUGGAAAUAUAAGGUGCUCAUCUCAAGUUGAUGAAAAAUUAAAUAACAUAAUUACAGAACAAAAAGAAAUAAAAUUAUUGUUGAAGCGCAUCUUGUCAAAACUUGAUACUCACUCGUUAAGUAAUAAUAGUCAAAAAUCAAUAGAUCUGAAUGAAAGUUUUGUAUGCAGAUUUCCUAUGAAUAAUAUUGAAGAAUUUACAUCAGUCCAAAACUGUAUCUCAAAUGAAUUUGAUUUCACGUCUAAACUGGAAUAUUUUAUCAAAAUCAUUGGUGGAAACACUCCAAAAAACCAUGUUAGAAGAGUUAUGUCAAAAUUGUUUACUGAUAAAUAUGGAAUUGAGUGUACCUGGACAGGCCGUGGCAAAAAUAUUAGCACUAAAAUUGGUGACUCGGAUCUCAUUAAAAUAAUGAAAAAGUCUGUACAAGAAAGCCACACUAACACUACCAUCACUGAUUCCAAUUUUGAAAAGUUUGUAUCAGAAUGGUUGAGAAACGCAAACACCAGAUAUAUUAGACAAAAGAUUAAUAACAAMCAUAAUAAUGAGUAGCUUCAAAUGUUUGUUAAAAAUUAAUUUUGUUUGAA